CGCAGGAGCCCUGAGGAAAGCCAUUCACCAAUCAGGAGUUGCGGUACCGGCGGCGACCCGGCCUGGCUUCCUCACCCGCCUACGUCGCUGAGGGGGAGAGUCCGAACGGCUUCCUUCCGCCAAUCCCCGCGGGCCACAGCUAGCUUGCCCGCCCCGCCCCUUUCAGUCACCGACCGAACAGCCAGCCAAUCAGGAGCGCGACAGCAGCCCGCCUUCGCUCCAGUUCGCUGGGGCGGGCAUCGUUCGGUGUUUUGGGGGAGCCACCGCCCUGCCGAUCUCUGGUAACGAGAGGUGCUUGAAAGGCGGUGGCGGGAAACCACAGUUCAAUCGGAAUCGCCACCCUCAUGGUCGCUUCGGAUGAGAACAGACUUCAGAAAAUUGAACCACAGGCCAGAGUCCUCAAUAAAUGAAAGAGUUUUCACAAUCAAAAUUAACAGCAAAGUAAGUCGAGAUGUCUGUCGAUCCAAUGACCUAUGAGGCCCAGUUCUUUGGUUUCACACCACAAACUUGCAUGCUCAGGAUCUACAUUGCAUUUCAAGACUACCUGUUUGAAGUGAUGCAGGCUGUUGAACAGGUUAUUCUGAAGAAGCUGGAGGGCAUCCCAAACUGUGAGAUUAGCCCAGUCCAGGUUCGGAAGUGCACAGAGAAGUUUCUUUGCUUCAUGAAAGGACGUUUUGAUAAGCUUUUUGUCAAAAUGGAGCAGCUGUUUCUACAGUGGAUUUUGCGUAUUCCCCCAAACAUCUUGCUUCCAGAAGAUAAAUCUCAGGAGAUGCAUUCUUACAGUGAGGAAGAAUUCCAGCUUCUCCAAAAAGAAAUCGAACAGUUACAGGAGCAGUACAAGACUGAAUUAUGCACUAAGCAGGCCCUUCUUGCAGAAUUAGAAGAGCAAAAAAUUGUUCAGGCCAAACUUAAACAGACAUUGGCUUUGUUUGAUGAGCUUGAAAAUGUUGGCAGAAAUCAUGGGACUAGUGAUUUUAGGGACAGCUUGGUGUUCCUGGCCCAGAACUCCAGAAAACUCCAGGAUAUUAGAGACAAUGUGGAAAAAGAAAGCAAAAGAUUGAAGAUAACUUAAUUUCUAAAUAAUAAAAGGAGCCGGUCAAAAGUAGGAUGAAUAAGGGAUGUAUAUCCAUGACUAUUAUGUUAGUGAACUGUAUAUUUUGUUGGAUUUCUUUUAAACUUUUUCUUGUAUUCUACAUUUUCCUCUUAUUUGGUCCUUGUCCUCUUGUUCAGUCCACUCUCCUGAGGAAUCUGUGUACUGCUCGGAACUGAUCUUUGAAGCAUUUAUUCCUUACAGGCUUCUAAUAGGUGGGAAGGAAUUCUUAAUCCAUUCAAGACUCAAUUUGGGGGCUUGAUGAAGAAAUCAAGCUUUUCAUGGCCAGUCAAACGAUAUUUG